UGCUAUUGUUCUUAUUGCUCGAAUCCAUAGUGAACACUAAUUCUUGAAAACCUCCUGUCAAGCCACAAAAGAUUCCUCAUGUCGCACAUAUUUGCUGCAUUAACCGAGUCGAUGCGCGUCCUUCGGUUUUGCAGAAAUGGUCGAGUCCCCAUCAUAUCGCGCCUUCCAGACGAGAUUCUUUUGACAAUCUUCAAACACUUCGAAGAAGAGAAGCGUCUCAAUGGAUACGAUAGCCAUGAUGACGAAUAUGCAAGCGAUGUCACCGGUGGUGUCCCUGCUUGUCUAGUAGUCACACACGUCUGCAGACACUGGCGCAAAGUCGCUCUCGAGUGCCCGACUCUUUGGACAUUCAUCAGUUCUACCUCUUUGCUUUGGCUAGAUGUCAUGCUUGAGAGGUCGCAGAAGGCUCCUUUGGUCGUCACCUAUAAUCCAUUUUCGAUCUCACUAGACAAUUGCUUGGAGAAAGUCCUUUUACACCUGCCCCGCAUCAAAUACCUCGAAUUACGCGCACACUCAUAUAAUGUCGGUCGCGUGAUGAAUCUGUUAUCAUCUCAACCUGCACCGAUGCUUGAAACAUUCAAAUUCUCGGUCGAAUGUAACCUUCUUCCAACGGUGUCCAUAUCAAACACCAUUUUCCAAGGACAAGCACCCCUACUUCGGCACCUCGAUGUCGAUUAUUGCAAUCCCAGAUGGUCAUCGUGCAUUUUCGGUGGGCUUCGAGCUCUAUGUGUAAGGAAAACGUCCUUACCAGACAUCCUUUCUACUCUGCGAUGUACACCCGUCCUGGAGCAGUUUAUGCUCCAGCUCCAGUUACCAGAAUCCGACCAAUCAACGCUCAUCGAUAGAGUGCCACUCACUCGAUUGAAAAAUAUAGUGCUAGACGGGACCUCGCUCCAAAAUGCUGUGUCUCUCUUCGAACAGCUGGCCCUUCCCGUCGACGUCAAGAUUGCUCUACAACUCUCAUCGAUUGAAGGGCCCCCAACCUUUGCUGAUUUUUUUUCGGUCAUGAAUAAGCAUCCUGAUGGAUCCGGUCCCGUUUUUCGGUCGCUGCGUGCCAUUAAAUUCAAGCCAUGGCGUUUUUCUGUCCAGUUUAGCACGUCAAUGGAGAUCAAUUCCGACUAUUCCUGGAAUCCUCAAGAUGAUGACAUACGACUCUCGAUCCAGUUCUACUAUGAAGACGAUGAAGUUCGGCCAAACGGCCCAUCCGCUGAAAACAUCAUCUUCGAUAUAUGUAAUAUCAUCGCGCAACGCAAACGUCGAACCUUCUUUUCUGGGGAGUUCGAAUCCAUCAAUGUGGAGGGGUGCCCAGACUUUAUUGAAGGCUUAACCGCUGCGCUCCGGAUUGAAGGGUAAUCAAAUGGGAUGUAUCCUUCGCUCCGUGUUUUGGAGCUCCUAGGUAUCUCAUUCGAAGGUGAUGACCUUCGGGAUGUCUUGAAAAUGCGAGCCCAACAUGAUGUCCCCGUCCGCGACCUCCGCCUCAGACUAUGCGAUAAUUUCACGGCUGAUCAGGUAGAGCUUUUUCAGGAAGUGGUUGCAAACAAAAUUGAUUGCGAUCAAUUUACCCUUGAUCAUGCUUCGACUGUGGCUGUUCCGUUUCUUACUAGACUGGAGUUUUGAUGUGUUUUGACUGUACUUACUAAGUUACUACGUUCCUAUCGUCGACAGUUGUAUCUGAUGGUUUCCCCUCAGGCUAGGCAGACCUAACAUACCCUGU